AUGCGCACUUCAUCGAUCUUCAGUAUCUCCCUGAUUUCCUUUGCUAUACAGACAAUCGCCGACAGUGGUUGCAAAUGUCUGCCAUCUGAGCCUUGUUGGCCUUCUAAAUCGGAGUGGACGGCGCUGAACGAGUCCAUCUUUGGCCAUCUUAUUCAAUCAUCACCACCAGCUGCGGUUUGCUUUCCUUCCCAACCUAGUUACAACGCAAGCGAAUGCAAUUUAAUUCUCGCCGCUUGGACUUCGUCUGUUUUCCAUGCCGAUAAUCCUGUCAGUAUCGACGGGAGUAUAUGGGCAAACAAUAGCUGCAACCCUAUUUAUCCCAAUGGUACCAGUAUCAGUGGUAAUCCCAAUGCAGGGGUCAAUGGUUGCUCCAUUGGCGCGUACCCUGUUUAUGUGAUAAACGUUACCGAAGCCAGCCAUGUCCAAGCAACCUUCAAGUUCGCCAGCAAACAUAAUGUGCGUCUGAACAUCAAGAAUACUGGACACAACGGUGCCGGAAGAAGUACCGCUUUCGGAAGUUUGUCGCUAUGGACUCACAACUUGAAGGGAAUCACCUUGGACGAUUCGUUUCGAAUUACUGCUGAUAAUACUACCGGGACAGUUGCUCAGAAAGCGGUCACAAUAGGCGCUGGUGUUCAAGACGGUGAGCUUUUCGAUAAAUUAAUAGCACAGAAAGCAUUUGCUGUUGGUGGUACCAAUGCGGAUGUUGGUGUUGUCGGAUGGGCCACUGGGGGAGGACACGGCGUUAUGACUGGAGCUUAUGGUCAAGGUGCUGAUAAUAUUAUCGAAGCAACAUUGGUCACCCCCACAGGCAAAAUACUCACAGCAAACGAAAAGCAAAACACAGAUAUAUUUUGGGCAAUUCGGGGCGGAGGCGGUGGAACUUUCGGCGUUACUCUCAACAUGACCUUAAAGGCAUAUCCUGAUCCAAACCUCACAACCUUGGCUGUGAGCAUUACCGGCAAAAACGCUACCUCUACUGAGGCUUGGUGGGAUGUCAUUGCUGGAUACCUUGGCGUGGUACCACAAGCUCAAGACAAAGGAGUACAUGGAUAUUUCACAGUAGGCAUGAAUCCAAAAACUUUAGCUGACGCAUUGCUUGCUUGGAAUAAGGACAACGCCACAGUUGAAGCCGCUAUUCUACCACUAAAGCAAUUCCUGAGUGAAGCUGCUUCACAUGGUACUAUCGACUACACGCGUGGACCCAUGCCCAUCACCACCUUCUCCGAUCUUCUGAAACUGCUUCCAAGCGUUGAGACCGUUGGCCGUCAAUCAACCAUCACUGCCUCCAGGCUCAUCACUCGCGAGGCUUCUCUGAACCGGAAUUUGUUUGCCAAGACUCUCCAAGAGGUAGGGCCUACAGGGUCGACAAAACUGAAUGGAAGCGUCCCCGAUCGGACAGUGUCCGGUACCCUGACUAUAAGCCGUGAGCCCGUCGACAACGCAUUGAAUCCAAUAUGGCGCAACACUACUCUUCAUCUCAAUGUCGCACAACCCUGGGAUGACUCCAUCGCCGAACCGGAUGUGAAGAGCCUGAUCGAUGAUAUGACUUACAAUAGUCUUGAUAAACUUCGUCGAUUUGACCCGGCUUCUGGAGCCUAUUUAAAUGAGGCGAACGCGUACGAGCCCGGUUGGCAACUUUCCUUGUUUGGACAAAAUUAUGGCCGUUUACGUGAAAUCAAAAAUAAGUACGACCCGACGGGUCUAUUGUAUUGUCGUCAGUGUGUGGGAAGUGAAGAUUGGAUUGAAGCGUCAAGCGGUGGCUUGUGUAAAGCAUUCGUGCCACUUUAG